CAACUCAGAGCCAAGUCUUCCGGCAUUGACAUAGGAAGCCGCCGUUUAACAAACAUCAAGCACAUUGCCUCCGGUUGCGAUGCCGUGUCCAUGUCCCGGGGCGGACUCGAGAGUCGGGAGAUCUUCGCCGGUGUCACCCGGACUGCUCCCGGUGCGGGGCAAAUGUGGGACACUCACUCACAGCGUCACCCAAUUUCACUUCCUUUACGUGCUUGGACAACUUGUGCUUAGAAAUACAUAUAUAGGUUGAUGGAAGAAUGAAUUGGAAUUAGUACAAU